AUGCGAUCCCAACUAGUCCUCGUCCUUGGUCUUGUGGCUCUCGUGGCCUCUGCUUACGGCGCAACCGACUCGAAUUCGACUUCCUCGGCAACUUCAACUCCCUCGAAUUCGACUUCCUCGGCAACUUCAACUCCUUCGAAUUCUACUACCACAACUUCAACUCCUUCGAAUUCGACCUCCACAACUUCAACUCCUUCAAAUUCCUCGACUUCGACGAGCACACCAACUGCAUCAACUGCAUCAACUGCUUCGACCUCGCCCACUUCUUCCAGUACGACCAGUGACAAGACCUCCAGCGAGGUGAAGAAGCUGGAGAAGAAGCUUCGCAGGGAACGCAGGUUGAGGCGCCAACUAAGACGUCGUUUGAGGCGUCAGGAGACUCGCCAAAAGAAUCAGCAAGAAAGACGCGAGGCGAGGCUUGCUGCAAAGAAGCGCACCCGUCGGGGUUAG